GCGUCUUGGCGCGAAUUGGGGGCCGCCAGUGCCUGCGCGAACCUCGCUGGUCCUCAAGCGGCGAGCGUCCGCUACCUCCUCGGAUUCGGGAUGAUCGGCCAGAAGACGCUCUAUUCCUUCUUCUCCCCGAGCCCCGCCAGGAAGCGACGUGCCGGCAGCCCUGAGCCGGCCGACCCGGAGACCGGCGUGGCGGCGGUAGCUGAGGAGAGCGGGGAUGCGGCGGCCAACCCCCCCAAGAAGGCCCGGGUCGGGCAGGAGGAGCCCGGCAUACCGCCCUCGUCGCCGCUGAGCCCCGAGCAGUUGGUACGCAUCCAGAAGAACAAGGCCGCCGCCCUGCUCCGACUGGCGGCGCGCAAUGUGCCGGUGGGUUUCGGUGAGAGUUGGAAGAAGCACCUCAGCGGAGAGUUCGGGAAACCGUAUUUUAUAAAGCUAAUGGGAUUUGUUGCAGAGGAAAGAAGACAUUAUACUGUUUAUCCACCCCCAGAGCAAGUCUUCACAUGGACCCAAAUGUGUGACAUAAGAGAUGUAAAGGUUGUCAUCCUAGGACAGGAUCCGUAUCAUGGACCCAAUCAAGCUCAUGGGCUCUGCUUUAGUGUUCAAAGACCUAUUCCACCUCCACCCAGUUUGGAAAACAUUUAUAAAGAGCUGUCUACAGACAUAGAUGGUUUUGUUCAUCCUGGUCACGGAGAUUUAUCUGGGUGGGCCAAGCAAGGUGUUCUCCUACUCAAUGCUGUCCUCACCGUGCGGGCGCAUCAGGCCAAUUCUCAUAAGGAGAAAGGUUGGGAGCAGUUUACCGACGCAGUUGUGUCCUGGCUCAACCAGAACUCGAAUGGCCUUGUCUUCUUGCUCUGGGGCUCUUAUGCUCAGAAGAAGGGUAUUGCCAUCGAUAGGAAGCGCCACCACGUACUGCAGACUGCUCAUCCUUCCCCGCUGUCUGUGUACAGAGGGUUCUUCGGUUGCAGACAUUUCUCUAAAACCAACGAGCUGCUUCAGAAGUCCGGCAAGCAGCCCAUCAACUGGAAGGAUCUGUGACCCUAAACUGGGGGAGGAUCUCCAGGCAGUCUUCUAGAAGCUGCUAUUGAAGUAUUUGUCAGUUACAAGUCUAGUUGAAAAAAUAAUUUCCCUAGUGAUGCUGGAGCACUCUGCACCAGGGAAACAAGUUCUGGUAAAGCAGUCAUAAGCCAGGCUGCCCAUGAGUGGCAGCUUUUGUUUAUCCAGCCGGACAGGCCCAGUUUGCCCUGCAACCGCAUGUCUGUCUUUGCAACAUGGCUUGGAAGGGAGAGGAGGUGGAAUAUUCAAGACUCUUCCCUUCUGUUCCCUUUUUGGUUCAAGGCGGGAGAUAAGCACCUUUUUGGUGACAGCCAGCUGCUACUCGUAUUUUACCCGGUAGGUUAGACUUAGGUUGUAAGGUGUUGGGAGUUUGUAUUCAGAAAGCCCCCCUUUGCCCAACCUGGUGUUGGGUCUCAGCCAGGUCCACUGACUGCCCCUUUGAUCCUUCAGAGCCCUCAGGCCCCACCUUGAAGGAAAUAAUGGGGAUGGUUUUUGCAAGUUUCCAGAAAUUAGGGAUCCAUUUCCUGACUAUAGUAGAGGUGACCAUUCCUAAGGAACAGUCCCUUGGUGUGAACUUUCCCAGACUGGCAGAGCCCAAGACAACUGGGCUGGGUCCUGAAGAAACUGCUGUCCUUGGGGUGUUUCUAGGGAUAAGUGGAGGGAAGGAGGAGAGGGAGCUUUUUGUUUUUGGUCUUGUCUUUUUUUUUUUAAGAGGAAAUGCUUUUCUAUUAGGCUUAUCCUGAGUUGUUUUUUUAAGGCAGCGUAGUGCCAAAUGCUGUUUUUUAUAGACUGAAAUCACUUUGGGAUAUCUUUCUGCAACACUGGAGAAUUUUGCUCUUAAAAAACAGGAAAAAAAACUUAGGCGGGUGUACAUAUGUAUUUUUUUUUAAUCCUUUGUUUAAGAGACAAUCUUUAUUAGGUCUGCACCUCCAUUCUAGAUCCUGUUAGAGAUGAUAUUUUGCUAUUAGCGGGGUUCAAGAGUUAACCCUGCUUGAGUUUUCUAAUAAAAGGUUGUUGAAGUUUC